AGCAGCACAGCGACAAAAAGAAAGAGAAGAAGAACCCGGUGACGGAUAUUCAACAUGGCGUUCAAUUUUGGCAGCGGCGCAGCCUCAAAUCCUGCAGCAAGCACAACAGGGUUUGCAUUCGGUUCAUUUGGCGCAAAGACCACUGCAUCGACAGCUUUUGGCUUUGGUGCCCCCGCGACUACCACCACAGCCGCCUCUGGAUUUGGCACUCUCACAGCUCCAAGUUUUGGCACGGCGACAACAACCGCCGCUGCACCACCAACAGGAUUUUCCUUCGGCGCCACCAACACGGGAUUUGGGGGGCUGGGAACCGGAGGCGCAGCGGCCGGUGGGUUUAGUUUUGGGGGUUUCGGCUUAAAUGCCAACCCGGCGGCAGGUGCCGUGGGCUUUAACGCGGGCUGCUUUGGCCCGACAUCCACCGCUGGCACCGUUUUCAAUUUUGGCAAUAGCCUGGCUAGCACAGGCACUUUUGGUGGCUUUGGCACAACCACGACAAGUGCUGCCGCGCCGGGUUCCACGUUUAGUUUUGCGCCCUCUUCCGGCACCACAGGAGGCCUGUUCGGCAACACUCAAAACAAAGGCUUCGGUUUCACUUCCGGCCUUGGUACCGGAACAGCUGCCGGCAGCGGCGGAUUCGGAACCGGAUUAGGUACCACCAGUCUGGGUGGCUUCGGUGGCUUUAAUCUCCAGCCUGCCCAGCAGCAGCAGCAGGGAGGCUUGUUUGGCCAGCCCGCUCAGCAGCAAGCUCAGCCCAAUCAGUUGUACCAGCAGGUGACCGCAUUGUCGGCGCCCACCUUGCUGGGAGACGAGCGCGACUCCAUUCUGGCCAAAUGGAACCAGCUGCAGGCCUUUUGGGGCACGGGAAAAGGCUACUUCAGCAACAACAACCCCCCCGUGGAGUUCAAUCUGGAGAAUCCCUUCUGCGUGUUCAAGGCUGUGGGCUACAGCUGCGUGCCCAUCAGCAAGGAUGAAGACGGCCUGGUGGUCUUAGUCCUCAACAAGAAGGAGGCGGACGUGCGAGCGCAGCAGCAGCUGCUGGUGGAGUCGCUGCACAAGGUUCUGGGAAGCAACCAGACGCUCAGCGUCAACGUGGACGGCGUCAAGUCUUUGCCUAACGACCAGACAGAGGUGAUCAUUUACGUGGUGGAGCGCUCCCCGAACGGCACGUCCAAGCGUAUUCCCGCCUCUACGCUUUUCACGUACCUGGAGCAGGCCAACAUCAAGGCUCAGCUGACGCAGCUGGGUGUCGCCAUGUCGGUCACGCGCACCGAGCUCACGCCGGCGCAGCAAAAACAGCUUCUCCAGAACCCCCCGGCGGGUGUGGACCCCAUCAUCUGGGAGCAGGCCAAGGUGGACAAUCCUGAACCUGAGAAGUUGCUCCCAGUUCCAAUGGUGGGCUUCAAAGAGUUGCUUCAUCGACUUCAGAUCCAGGAGCAGAUGACUAAGCAGCAUCAGACGAGAGUGGACAUUGUCUCCAACGACAUCAGCGAGCUCCAGAAGAACCAGGCGACCACGGUAGCCAAGAUCGCCCAGUACAAGAGGAAGCUGAUGGACCUCUCUCACCGCGUGCUGCAGGUGCUGAUCAAACAAGAGAUCCAGAGGAAAAAGGGCUACGCCCUCCAGGUGGAUGAGGACCACCUCAGGUUGCAGCUUGACACCAUUCAGUCAGAGCUCAACGCCCCCACGCAGUUCAAGGGCCGCUUGAAUGAGCUGAUGUCCCAAAUCCGCAUGCAGAACCACUCCGGGGCCGUGCGGUCGGAGGAGCGCUACAACGUGGACGCCGACCUCCUUCGAGAAAUCAGACAGCAUCUAAAGCAGCAGCAGGACGGUUUGAGUCACCUGAUCAGCGUCAUUAAAGAUGACUUGGAAGACAUCACACUCAUCGAGCACGGACUGAGCGACAGCGGGCACGUACGAGGCGGAGUCCUCAGUUGAGCUGAGCGCCGCACGGUCACUUUGAAAACAUUUGUACAUACAUCUUUGUAUUGCUUUUUAUUUGACGCCAAAACGUUAUUAAAAUGUCAUUUCAAAUGGAA